AUGGCGGAGGGCAAUGGAGAGAUACCCAUUGAAGAAGUAUCUGGGAAGGACUCCGAUGUUGGCCGGACACCAGAUUACCGCAAACUCAUUGACUAUGGCUUGGAUUCUAAGGUAGCAGCCAAGCUCGACGACAUUUAUAAGACUGGAAAGCUAGCGCACGCUGAACUUGAUGAGCGUGCGCUAGACGCCUUAAAAGAAUUUCCAUCCGACGGUGCUUUAAGUGUUCUUGGACAAUUUUUAGAUUCAAAUCUUGAGCAUGUAUCUAAUAAAAGUGCUUAUUUAUGUGGAGUCAUGAAAACCUAUAGACAGAAAAGCAGAGCGGGCGUGCAAGGCGCGCCUGCGCUGUCUUCCACUGUCCAGGUAAAGGGACCCGACGAAGAGAAGAUCAAACAAAUAUUGGCCCGGACCGGGUACACGUUAGAUGUCACCACAGGUCAACGCAAGUACGGCGGGCCGCCGCCCGGGUGGGAAGGUGGCACGCCGGGCUCUGGCUGCGAGGUGUUCUGUGGCAAAAUCCCUAAGGACAUGUAUGAAGACGAGCUUAUCCCGCUGUUUGAGCGAUGUGGUACCAUCUGGGACCUACGCCUAAUGAUGGAUCCAAUGACGGGUACCAACCGCGGCUACGCCUUCGUGACGUUCACGACUCGUGAGGCCACACAACGUGCCGUCCAGGAGCUCGAUAACCAUGAAAUUAAAGCAGGGAAGACUCUGAGAAUUAAGAUUAGCGUACCGAAUCUGCGACUUUUCGUCGGCAACAUUCCCAAGUCUAAAGGCAAAGAGGAGAUACUGGAAGAGUUUGGUAAAUUAACAGCUGGGCUCGUCGAAGUUAUAAUAUAUAGUUCGCCCGAUGAUAAGAAGAAAAAUAGAGGAUUUUGUUUUUUGGAAUACGAGUCUCACAAAGCGGCGUCACUAGCUAAACGUAGACUUGGCACUGGUAGAAUAAAGGUAUGGGGCUGUGAUAUAAUAGUGGACUGGGCAGAUCCUCAAGAGGAACCUGACGAGCAAACGAUGAGUAAAGUGAAGGUGUUGUACGCACGGAACCUGACACAGGAGAUAACAGAAGAUGCACUAAAGGAAGAAUUCGAGCGCUACGGGACCGUCGAGCGCGUCAAGAAAAUUAAGGAUUACGCGUUUGUUCACUUCGAGGACCGGGACUGUGCAGUCAAAGCAAUGCAAGAGUUGGAUGGAAAAGAGAUGGGAGGCGCUCGCCUGGAGGUGUCGCUGGCAAAACCGCCCUCCGACAAGAAGAAGAAGGAAGAGAUAUUGCGUGCUCGAGAGCGUCGCAUGAUGCAGAUGAUCCAUGGACGUGGCGGAUUCGAUUGGUGCAGCUGCUCGCCGGUACUGCGCGGCCGCACGCCUCAGCCCCAGCCGCGCCCGCCGCAGGCGCGCGGUGACUACGAUUAUGAUUACGACUAUUACGGGUACGGUGAUUACCGAGGUGGCUACAAUGAGCCAUUUUACCGGUACGAUGAGUUCUAUUUUGAUUACGCGGGGCCACCGCAACCGUCCGCCGUCCGCCAGCCUACCAACAGACCGCAACCGGACGACGAGCUCGGGCUAGGGCCCAACUCGCUUUACUACGAUCUAACCGGAGGCAUUCAGGCUGGGUCAUGUGGGACGGGCGGUCGAUGGGCGCGUCGCGCGGCGGCGGCGCCGGCGUCCGCGGCUGGGGCCCGUGGUGGUGCGCGCCGCGCCGCGCGUGGCCGCCGCACGCCCAGCGCCAUGCGUGGCAAUCCCCGCGCCAAGCCAAGUUUACCAGAGCAAAAUUCUAAAUUUCGAACAAAGACAUUGGACUCUUCUCUCGGUCGAUUGUACGAAUAUCACGAUCCUGAAACCUUUUCCUUUUAUUUCAGCGUGUUUGAUGGUUUGCGUGUAAUCUGGAUUAAUGCAUUGUAUAUCGGUAAACGUAAACACGACGGGGGCCACCAGAACGUCGGGGGGGAGUGCAAGCGGCGGGUGGGCGCGGGCGGGGUGGGCGCGGGGUGGGGCGGCGGCGCGCUGGCGCAGCAGCCGCUGGGCAGCUAG